AUGCCCCCAAACCCUGGCCCCGCAACUCUCCCCACCCGGGGCCUCCCCCAUUGGGGCCCCACUUUCAAAGGGUACCCACUGGAACCCCCUCCCACCCCCCCCCCUCCACACCGCCGCUUCCCGGGGGCCCCCCCCGCCCUUUCCCCCCCCCGCCACCUCCCCUUGGCUGCCCCCCGCCGGCCUCACCUCACCCGGCCCCUCGGUGCGGCGGGUGCCCGGCUGUGGCGAACUCUCCCGGUUGCCGGACCCGCGCCGCUGCCUUCUUCCCCGGGGGAGGUGGUCAGGGGGAAGACCCGGGAGUGGCCAGCCCGCGAGCUGGGCGAGCACCCGCCCCCCGGGGGCCAGUGGGCGGGCCCACCUCCGCCCCUGCCCGCCCCCGUCCCCAUCAGUGUCCCCCCUGCCGGGCCGGCCGCCGUGGCUCAGCCAGGUCCGGCUUUUGGAUUGGCCUCCUCACCGUUCCAGCCAGUUGCCUUCCACCCCUCGCCUGCCGCCCUGCUGCCCGUCCUCGUGCCCAGCAGCUACCCUGGGCAUCCCGCCCCCAAGAAGGAGGUCAUUAUGGGCCGGCCUGGGACAGUGUGGACAAAUGUGGAGCCACGCUCGGUGGCCGUAUUUCCCUGGCACUCGCUUGUCCCAUUCCUGGCACCCAGCCAGCCUGACCCUUCUGUUCAGCCCAGUGAGGCCCAGCAGCCAGCCAGCCACUCUGUCUCCUCUAGCCAGAGCAAAGAGCCCGCAGAGUCCGCGGCAGUGGCCCACGAGCAGUCCCCCAGUGGGACGGGAGGCCCAGAAUCUGGACGGCCACCUGGGGCUACCUGCCCUGAGAGCCCAGCUCCCGGCCCUCCCCAAGCCCCCGGGGCCUCCGAAGGCAGCAAGGUUCCACCUCAGCAUUCUGAGGAGGAAGGCCCCGGGCCUACCGGGGAGAGCCGGCUGGACAGCGAGACCGAGAGUGACCACGAUGACGCGUUCCUCUCUAUCAUGUCUCCUGAGAUCCAGUUGCCACUCCCACCAGGAAAACGCCGGACACAGUCCCUCAGCGCCUUGCCCAAGGAGAGGGACUCUUCCUCCGAGAAGGAUGGGCGCAGCCCCAACAAGAGGGAGAAGGAUCACAUCCGACGGCCCAUGAACGCCUUCAUGAUAUUCAGCAAGCGACACCGGGCCCUGGUGCAUCAGCGCCACCCGAACCAGGAUAACCGGACCGUCAGCAAGAUCCUGGGCGAGUGGUGGUACGCUCUAGGACCCAAGGAGAAACAGAAGUACCACGAUCUGGCCUUUCAGGUGAAGGAGGCCCACUUCAAGGCCCACCCGGACUGGAAAUGGUGCAACAAGGACCGGAAGAAAUCAAGCUCAGAUGCCAAGCCCAUGGCCCUCGGCCUGGCGGGAGGUCCCAAGGAGAUGCGAGAGCGCAGCAUGUCCGAGACUGGCACGGCAGCCGCCCCUGGAGUCUCGUCAGAGUUACUGUCGGCAGCAGCCCAAACCUUGCUGGGCACGGAGGUCAAGACCCCGGCCUCUGGCCCUGGGACUGCAGAACGGCUGCAACCCGUGGGGCCCGGCCCCACCAGGCCUCGAGCGUUCUCCCACAGUGGCGUGCAUGGCUUAGACGGGGGUGAGCCGGACAGCCAGGCGCUGCAGGAACUCACCCAGAUGGUGUCGGGUCCAGCUCCCUACACAGGAUCGAAGCCUGCACCUCAGUAUGGAGGCCCAGGGCCCUUUGCCACUCCCAGCGAGGGCGGAACCUUGGCGGGUGGGCGGCCCCCGAUGCUGCCGGCGCGGCCGUCCCGCUCCCAGCGCACGGCCAGCGAAGACAUGACCAGCGAUGAGGAGCGGAUGGUCAUCUGUGAGGAGGAAGGCGACGAUGACGUCAUCGCGGACGACGGCUUCGGCAGCGCCGACAUCGACCUGAAGUGCAAAGAGCGGGUGACGGACAGCGACAGUGAGGACAGCUCUGGGGAGGACCCCGAGGGCGCCAAGGGCUUUGGCAGGAAGUUGUUCUCACCUGUGAUCCGGUCAUCCUCUUUGUCUACUGCCUUCACUCACUGCCGCCCACCCCUGGAGUCUGAACCCCCCGGAGCCCCUGACCCAUCUUCAGCUUUUUCCAAGGGCUACGGGCCCACGCCAUCCUCCUCCUCCUCCUCCUCUUCCUCCUUCCAGUUGGCCCCCGGGACCUUCAAGACCCAAGAGUCUGGUCGAGGUGUUGCCGCAGGGCCUCUUCGUGCCCAGCACUCUGUCGGGGGAGGCCCCCUGCCUCCUAAAGCCCGUUUUCCUCCUGUGGACCCAAAUGCUUAUCGGCGCAAGCGGCCAGAGAGCACGGGAGGGCCGGAGCCCCCUGGAUCCCAGUCUUUCCCCAGCCCCUCGGUCAUCGCCUCGCCUUCUGGAGGGGGUGUCCUGCAGGCCUUAGUGCUGCCCCCCGGGGGCAACCUGUACCCAGCCAAGGAUCCCCCAGAGCGGGAUGGGAGCGCAGCUGCCCGACUACCGUCGGCCACGGUGCUGGUGACGGCCCCCGCUUCGCUGGGGAGUGGAGGACUCACCUAUGGAGCCCCCCCAGCCCCCCCACGCCCCGCUCCAACCGUGGUGACCAAUGUGGUCCGGCCGGUCAGCAGCACCCCGGUGCCCAUUGCUUCCAAACCCUUCCCUGGGGCGGGGCGAGGUGAGGGGUCACCGGCCGAAGGAGGUGCCAAAGGGGAGGCGGGGGCUGGUCCCCGAGCACCGGGGGGCUCUCCGCUCGGUAUCGGUCUGGUCUACACCGAUAAAAAGCAAGCAGCCCCUACGGCCCCGCAUCUGGUGGCAGGGCCCCUUCUGGGGGUGGGCAAGGCCCCCACUGCCGUGACCAACCUUCUCGUGGGCACCCCGGGCUAUGGUGCCUCCGCCCCUCCGGCUGUGCAGUUCAUUGCCCAAGGACCGCCUGGUGGAGGGGGGACAGCAGCUGCAGCGGGGCCCCCCACUGGCAGUGGCCCAAAUGGCCCUGUGCCCCUGGGCAUCUUGCAGCCCGCCCCUCUAGGCAAACCUGGGGGCAUCACCCAGGUGCAGUACAUUCUGCCCACCCUGCCCCAGCAGCUGCAAGUGGCCCCAGCCCCGACGGUGCCUGGGCCCAAAGCUGCAGCUGUCGGGGGAUCAGGCCCCACGGCCAGCAUCCGCUUUGCCCUGCCACCAGGAACUGCCACCAACGGGAAGGUCCUGGCACCAGCCACCCCAGCCCCUGGGAUUCCCAUCCUGCAGCCAGUGCCCUCUGCCGCACCCCCCAAAGCCCAGUCAGUGUCUCCAGUGCAGGCCCAGCCCUCGGCAGGCUCCACCCAGCUGCUGCCUGGGAAGGUCCUGGUGCCCCUGGCGGCGCCUGGCAUGGCGGUGCGAGGUGGGGGGGCCAGCCAGUCUCUGCCCUUGGUGAGCCCACCCUUCUCUGUGCCAGUGCAGAACGGAGCCCAGCCAUCUAGCAAGAUCAUCCAGCUCACCCCGGUGCCAGUGACCACUCCUGGCAGCCUGGUGCCCCCACUCAGCCCGGCCACCCUGCCCAGUCCUGCCUCCCAGUCCCAGAAGGUCAUUCUGCCCUCUUCCACCAGGAUAACCUACGUGCAGUCUGCCGCUGGGCACGCCCUGCCCCUGGGCCCCGGCUCCUCCUCCAGCCAGAGCGCGGCUCCCGGCGCGCCGGCCUCCUACGGGCCGGCCAGCUCCGUGGCCCUGGGCUUCACCACCAUUGGGCCCAGCGGUCCUGCCAUAGUCCAGCCCCUGAUCUCAGGCCAAGCCCCGCUUCUGGCCCCAGGCCAGGUUGGCGUGUCACCAGUCCCCAGCCCCCAGCUGCCGCCAGCCUGCACCGGGGGUCCCGUCAUCACAGCCUUCUACCCUGGCGGGCCAGGGGGCCCCUCAGCCAUGCCCCUCCCUCAGCCAACCCCACCAGCCCCCGCCCCCCCGGGUCUCGUCUAUACCGUGGCCACCAGUGCUGCCCCUCCUGCUGCCAUCCUGCCCAAGGGCGGGGCACCCGCUCCUCCGGCCCCCACUGCCUCUCAGACCCCUACUAGUCCUUUCCCCAGUGCCACAGGCUCCGUGGCUUACAGCUUGGUGACCCCGAAAGCCCAGCGCCCCCCACCCAAGCCCCCGCAGAAAGUGAAGGCGGCCAUCGCCAGCAUCCCCGUGGGGUCCUACGAGUCGGGGGUCCCUGCCCGGCCGGGUCCCCUCCCCCGGCAGGCUGCAGAGCAGAGCGCCGCCAGGGAGAUGCCCCCAGAGGCGGAGGCCGACGGUCGGCCAGCCACGCCCGCGCCCCCACCUCCCCUGGAAACUUGGGUUCCGCCCGGCCGGGAGAGCUCCCGGGCCAGCCCUCCCCCAGGCCCGCCCGCCGAGGAUCGGGCAGGAGUCAAGGCACUGGAAAUGGCCGGCAAGAUUCCCAGCUCCCCUGAUUGGCGGAUUCCAGCCCUGGCACUGGAGAGCCGCGGGGAGCCCCCGGCUCCGCCCAGCCCAGCCCCUGCGCCUGGGGGCAGUGAAGGGGGUGGCGGGCGGCCUCCCGGGACCGGAGACACCCCAGAGCGGAAGGAAGCCCCCAGCAAGAAGGUGAAGGUUCGGCCUCCUCCGCUGAAGAAGACCUUUGACUCGGUAGACAACAGGGUCCUCUCGGAGGUGGACUUCGAGGAGCGCUUCGCGGAGCUGCCCGAGUUCCGGCCGGAGGAGGUGCUGCCCUCGCCCACGCUGCAGUCGCUGGCCACCUCACCCCGCGCCAUCCUGGGCUCCUACAGGAAGAAGAGGAAGAACUCGACGGACCUGGACUCGGCCCCAGAGGACCCCACCUCCCCCAAGCGCAAAAUGAGGCGUCGUUCGAGCUGCAGCUCUGAGCCCAACACGCCGAAGAGCGCCAAGUGCGAGGGUGACAUCUUCACCUUUGACCGCACCGGCACGGAGGCGGAGGACGUGCUGGGGGAGCUGGAGUACGAGAAGGUGCCCUACUCGUCGCUGCGCCGCACCUUGGACCAGCGGCGCGCCCUGGUCAUGCAGCUCUUCCAGGACCACGGCUUCUUCCCCUCGGCCCAGGCCACGGCCGCGUUCCAGGCGCGCUACGCGGACAUCUUCCCCUCCAAAGUGUGUCUCCAGCUGAAGAUCAGAGAGGUCCGGCAGAAGAUCAUGCAGGCAGCAACCCCCACAGAACAGCCCCCCGGUGGGGAGGCCCCUGGCCCUGGGCCUCCCCCCGCCAGUGCAGGGACCGCUCCCCCGCCCCCCGCCGAGGGCCCUGACUCGCCACCCCCUGCUCCGGACUCCUCAUCCUCCGUCCCUUCGGCUGCGCCUCCCCAAGCCUCGGAGCCAGCACCCAGUGACGCCGGCUGGGACGGGGCCGGCCAGCCUUCCCCUCCCCCACCCGGACCCUCCCCGGGGGGCAGGUGAGGGGUCCGCAGGGGAAGAUAAUCCCCCAAGAGGAGACAGACGGCCCCGAGCUGGCCCCGGGCACGGCGGUGCAGGGGGCCGAAAGCAGGGGGGGAGGGGGGAGCCCCGUAUGUGAAGCCUCUCUCCAGUGAACGGAGGAACAAGGUCCCCUCCUCCCACUGCUCCCCUCCCUGGGGUCUGGGAGGGGGGGGGCAGCGGUGGGCAGAGGGGGGACUCCGGCCCCCGCGGAGCCCCUGUACAUAACCUGGAGUUUGUUACCUUUCGAAUCUUUUCACUCUACUUUAUGCAAAAUGGCUCAUGAGGGCAGGACUGCCGGAGGGAAAGCUGGGAGCCCCCUCCCCCCGGGGGCCGCUGGGGAGAUAGCCCAGAACUGAGGGUGGUGGUGCCCACUUCUCUCUCUCCCCUCCCUCAAGGGGCUGGACUCAGGUUAGUUUGGGGGUAGGGGUGGAGGAUCAGGCCGGGGGGGGGGGCUCCUGCACUUUGGCCCGAGGUGGGGGGCAGGCAGGGUGUGCCCCUUUCCUCCUCACCUGCUCCCCCACCAGGCUGUACUUUCUAAGAAGGCAAUUUCCCUGUCCCCCACCCCCAUCCCUGGAACAAUACAUGUUGAUCAUGUGCAAUAUUUCUUACUGUGCCGAGAAGCCUCGAAGACCGAGAUUAAAGCUGUUUUAACACA